AUGGAGGCGCCUGAUUUCGGCGAGUUCCAGUACUUUCCCGUGAAUGGGGUCGGGAUGGGCGCAUUGUUGAGGACGCCGGCGACUACCAUAGUCACGCGACAAACAAACCCUAGGCGAUUUCCGGCCAAGCGCACAACGGAGGCCGUGCAGCGGACUGGGAAUUUGAUGGCCGACGCGGCGCUGAAGGAUGGCCCGAUGGCCCUGGGCGCGACCGGCGAGGGACCGGCCCAGGAUUGGCAGCGCUGCAAUGACGGGAUUGGAGAGAUGGAGGACUUAGAAAAACUAACCAGUCCAUCACUAUUUGCUUAUUCACGUGAACCAAUAUUGACUUGA